UUGUGGAUAGCCGUUGAUUUCGGCAAUAGUUCGGGAACCAGAGUACUUCUCGAGCAUGGAGCCGAUACAGAUCUUCCAUAUAAAGAUACAUUGAUGCAUUUAGCAGUCCAAAAGAAGAAAUUUGAGACAGUUCUCGUUUUACUUGAAUUCGAAGAUGUUCAAGUUGACAAAAAAGAUAGUGUCGGUCGCACGCCAUUGUCAUACGCGGUGGAAAAAGGGGGGAAAUCUAUUGUGAAAGCACUACUAGACUCUGGGAAGGUAGAUGUCAACAGAAAAGACAAAAAAGGCCGAACGCCUCUAUCUUAUUGCACCUCAAGCAAUGUGGCAACUCUUCUACUCAACACGCACAAGGUUGAUGUCAAUUCGAAAGAUAAUCAGGGCAGAAAACCGGUUUGGUACGCUACUAAAACUAAGAAUCAGAAGCUGAUUGAGCUGCUACGACAACACGGUGCAAGGAAAGUUUGA